ACUAAAGAAAUAGGUUUGAACUAGAUCUGUAACAGAGCCCACAAGACAGCCUCAAAAAAGGCAGGAACCUGUAGGAGAGACCGCUGCCACCGCGCCACAGGGUUUUUCUCUUCCGUUUUUCUUCUUUCUACUUAUCCACACAAAGCCUUCAGCCAACAAAGAAAUGGCCACCAAUGCUAGCCCCUUGCACCCAUACUGGCCUCGGCACCUGAGACUGGACAACUUUGUGCCUAAUGACUGCCCUACCUGGCAUAUACUGGCUGGCCUCUUCUCCGCCUCUGGGGUCUUAGUUGUGACCACAUGGCUGUUGUCAGGACGUGCUGCCGUCAUCCCACUGGGGACCUGGAGGAGACUGUCCCUUUGCUGGUUUGCAGUGUGUGGGUUCAUUCACAUGGUGAUUGAGGGCUGGUUCAGUCUCUACCACGAGGACCUUCUUGGAGACCAAGCCUUCUUGUCCCAACUCUGGAAAGAGUAUGCUAAGGGAGACAGCCGAUACAUUCUGAAUGACAACUUCACGAUAUGCAUGGAGACUAUCACAGCUUGGCUGUGGGGACCGCUCAGCAUUUGGGUGGUGGUCGCCUUUCUCCGCCAGCAGCCUCUCCGCUUUGUCCUACAGCUCGUGGUCUCUGUGGGUCAGAUCUACGGGGAUGUGCUCUACUUCCUGACGGAGCACCGCGAUGGAUUCCAGCAUGGGGAGCUGGGCCACCCGCUUCACUUCUGGUUCUACUUUGUUUUCAUGAAUACCCUGUGGCUGGUGGUGCCCGGAAUCCUCGUGUUCGAUUCUGUGAAGCAGCUCACCCGUGCCCAGAGCCUGCUGGAUGCCAAAGCCACAAAAGCCAAGAGCAAGUAGAACUAAUGAGGGAUGGCUUAGGCUUGAACACUGGCUGAUCACAAACCCUCCACCUGCCAAAAGAGUCCAAUCCUUGCUCCCACUGGUGGAAAGGACAAAGUGAAUCGAUCUCUCAAACUCAGGCUGAUGGUCAGGCACCAAAAGGGCCAGAAAUGGGGAAGAAAGGAGCUGUAUGGAGCUACUGCGAGGAGCUGUUGGGACAAAAGUCCAAGAGAACCUAAGAGGUUUGCAGUGGUGGCAACUUUUAAAACCAAGUAAUAAAAGGCCUUGACCCUAACACUGAGAGAUCUUUAAUUACUGACGCCAAAGAUGGCCCAUAACUGACCCCACAGAUCCCUCCAUCACUCACUCUUUCCACAGACCACCAUUCUCUCAGCCAUAGAUCCCCAUCCUAACCACACAGAUCUUCAGUCACAUAGACCUCACAAAUCUCCAUCACUAACCCCAGAGUUUCCCAUGAUGGCUGAUUAUAUUCAUGAGUCACACACCUGCAAUCUCUUUUAAGGCGUGAUCUACCCACACCCUUGGUGUUCUCUCCAGAACACACUUUCUCAUUCUUUGCAAUAGGGGCAGGCUGAGAAUUUUCCAAAUCUUCAAGUUCUUGAAUUUACUGUGCCUCUUGUCUCCUGAUUAGGUACCCCGCAGACACCCUAUCUUUCAUCUCACAGCCACCCUGUUAACUCCAAAGACCCUCAUCACUGACCCCACAGACUCACCCAUCACUCACCUUAAAGACCCUAUCAUUUAACCAAGAGACCCCAGAGGCCCUCCCAUUACUCACCUCAUAUACCCCAUCAUUAUGUCUUAAAACACCUAUUACUCUCCCACACCAGCCUUUCAUUUGCUCCACAGAGCACCCAUCAUUCACCUCACAAACCUCUAUCACUCACACCACAGACCCCAGUUACCUUGUACAUUUUCCAUCAUUUACCCCACAUCCUAUCACUUAUUCCACAAAUUCCCAUCAUUCACCCCACAGAUAACCCUCAUCAUUCAUCUCACAGUCUCUGUCAUUAACCUCAUAGACCUUCAGUCAUGAAACAAAUGGGUACUUGAGGAAUUUCGAGGAGGUCACAAAGAAUAAGUAAUAAAACUACAGAUAUCUGUAUGCUGGCUCUAGGUGACCUGUGCAGAGCAGGCCAGUCUUGGUUGUGCUUAAACCUACAACGUAACUUUUGAGAAAUGCCUCAUUAUUAAGGCCAAAGCCAUGAGUUAUUACCUCACCUAGUAUCCAUCACUUAAUUAAGGUAUGCUUGCCUUCUUGCUCUUCCUCAAACAUGCCAGGCAUAGCCCCACCUUCCAUUCAUUAUACUGUCUACUCUCUGUGCCACUGACUACCCCUUUGACCUUGAGCAUAUUUCUUCCUGCUUCACUGCUUUCAUCUGUACGAUGCUACCUCAUAGGGUUUUUAUGCAGAUUAAAUGAAUUAAUAUAUGUAGACUAA